AUGCCAUUGCCUACUCUGGCCACCUGCACUGCCAGCCUGAGUGGCCAGGCUGAGACCAAGGUGGAACCCAAGCUGCUGCCUGCUGAGCCCAGUCUCUCCACCACAGGGCACAAGAAGCUGCUUGCCACCAAGGUUCUGGGAACCGUGGUGUGGUUCAAUGUCAAGGCCAGAUAUGGCUUCAUCAGGCGCCAUGAUAUCCAACAAGACAUCUUUGUUCAUCACACAGCUAUUAGAAGUUACACUGGCAGGUAUUACCUGCCGAGCCUAGCAGACGGUGAAAUCGUGGAGUUUGAUGUGGAGGAGGGCCAGAAGAAUGUACAGGUGGGCAACGUCACAGGCCCCAGUGGAGUUGCAGUGAGGGGCAGCAGAAAUGUGGCCCAGUGGCGCCGUUCCCACUGCUUGCCACGAUGCAGGGCUCCUCAGCGCCAAAUCAUGCAGAGCCACAUUGAGAGCUCUGGCAGCAUGUAUGACAACCAGGCCCAACCUUGCUGGCCCCAACGCUGCCCAAGGCUCCUGCCUUCCUACCAACCAAGACGCUACCAGCAGGAUUCCAACAAACCACUGUUGGGUGAAGGGAUGAAAGUUGCCCAGGGCCCAACUGCAGAAAAGCAUCAAGUGCAGAGGCAAGAUCAGGGUGAAAACAUGCCAGGGCAGCAACUGCCUCUCAGGUAUUCCCCAUGCAGCCGGCCAGACAGCCUUGGACACUAA